AUGAUAGCUAACCGAAGGUGUACAGAGACCUGUCCUGCCGAUACGGGUCUUGCCAGAUGGGAGUUUAACACCGACUUCACCUCGGGCUCGUCAGCAUUCAGCAAGUGGAACACCACUUCUGGCACUGUUGACAGUACUUCCCUUGGCGCCAAGUUCACUAUCUCUGAACAGGGUGAUGCCCCAACCAUCGAGAGUGACUUCUACAUCUUCUUCGGCCGGGUCGAAGUUAAGAUGAGAGCUGCUAACGGCACUGGUAUCAUCAGCACUACAGUGAUGGAAUCCGAUGACCUUGACGAGAUUGACUGGGAGCAAAUCAGCACCUACGACUCGUCUAUCGAGACUGACUACUUCGGCAAGGGCAACACAACUUCCUACGACCGCGCCACUACUGUGGAUGUGACCACUCCCGAAGAGACCUUCCAUACCUACACUGUUGACUGGACCUCUAGCCGCAUUGAGUGGAUCCUGGAUGGUGAGGUGGUCCGCACUCUGGAGUAUGCCGAUGCUCUGAGCGGCAAGAACUACCCCCAGACUCCCAUGCGUAUCAAGAUUGGUAUCUGGGCUGGUGGCGACCCUGACAACUCCGAGGGCACCAUCGAAUGGGCUGGUGGCGAGACUGACUAUACUGCCGGCCCUUUCUCCAUGUAUGUCGAGUCCGUCAAGGUCAUCAACUACAACCCUGCGUCUGCGUACAAGUACACCGAUAAGACUGGUGCCUAUACCAGCAUCAAGGCCACCAACGGCACCACUUCUACCAACUUGGCUUCCAGCUCUAGCUCCGUCAAGGCGGCUUCUGCUUCCAGCUCGUCAUCUGCCAAGUCCUCGGUCUCCAGUUCUGCCAGCGCUUCUGCUUCUGCGUCUGCCACUGUUUCUGCUGCUGGUUCGAUCUCGCCGUACUCUGCCUUUGUAACUUUCAUUGUUGCUUUCAUUGCUGCUGCUUUCAAGCUGUAA